AUGGCUCCCCAUAACCAAGCGGCCUGGAUACCGGCCAAGAAGAUGGCACCGUUCGUUGUCGGCGCAGCGCCAUACACUCCACCUGGUCCCGGCCAAAUAGUCAUCAAGAACGGCGCUGUUGGCAUCAAUCCGUAUGACUGGGUGCUGCAGUAUCAAGGUGGCCUACUCGCCUCCCAUCUCAAGUACCCCAUGGUGUUGGGAAUAGAUGUAGUCGGCACCGUCGUUGAAGUUGGCCCUGACGUGACACGAUUCAAGGUUGGCGACAGGGUCACUGGAAGCGCUGCGUCUGUUGCGAAAGAGUCUAAUAGCCCUUCUGAAGGCGCCUUCCAGCUUUACACUGUCGUACGUCAGCAUAUGGUUGCCCUGGUGCCCGAAUCUAUCACCGACGAGCAGGCUGCCGUCUUUGGGCUCGGCUUCGGUACAGCAGCGUACGGCCUUUUCCACAAAGAUUAUCUCGGUCUUGAUAUGCCGCAGGUGCCACCACCCCCUAAUCCACGACCAGGGAAGAAAUAUCCCCGAGCUAUCAUCGUAACGGGUGGUGCCUCUAGCGUCGGCAGCUGUGCCGUCCAGCUGGCCGCGUCGGCGGGCUAUGAAGUCUUAUCAACUUCGUCACCGAAGAACUUUGCCUAUGUUAAAGGACUUGGUGCCUCUCAUGUUUUCGACUACAACAGUAAGACGCUGGUGGGGGACUUUGUGCGUGCCCUCGAGGGUCGUGAACUAGUCGGUGCCUUCACCGUUGGCGCCAAUGCGGACCAGGUCUGCGCAGCCGUUAUGAAGGAGCGUUUAUCCAAGAUGCCCGAACUGCCGACGAGAGAGUUCGUCUCCCUAGCUGGUGGCAGCGGGAUGAAUCCCGACCUUAUCAAGGGCAUUCUUGGUCCGUACAGGAUGAUGCGUAACAUGAUGAUGAUGAUGGGCAGGAAUGUCGUGAAGAGAAUACUGACAGGUGUCGAGGUCAAAUUUAUUUUGAUUGUUGGCUUGGUAGAUCCUGGUAGUUGCGUCUCGAAAAUCUACCUGGACUUUUUGGGCCCAGCAUUGGCCGCAAGGCAGAUUGUGCCUGCGCCGGAACCGCUAGUCGUGGGACGUGGCUUGGAGAAGAUUAACGAGGCCUUGGAUCUCAACCAGAAGGGCGUGUCGGCUAAGAAAAUCGUGGUGUCUUUGCCUUGA